GAAUUAAGAGUCUGUUUAUUAAUUCUGGUGGAGCCGAGGCUCCCACAGAGGAGUAUAAAUCUGUGAGUAUUUUUGUGAGAGAAUAAUUCAAAGUGUUUUCAUAAAGGAGAUCCCAGCUUAAUAUUUAGACAGAUAUGAUCCAAGCAAAAAUCUAAUUAGUCACAAGUGGUGAGUGAUGUUAGUGUUUGGUACUGGGCUGGGAAAAAAACGGGUGCUUUUCUCCUGCGUAUUUGCAUCCAUAAAAAAAAAAAGCCUGAAAUCCUGUUGUUUGUUUUUUCCCAAAGAAAUGCUCAUAGUAUGUAGGUGUAUAGCCUGGGUGCCCAAGAGAAUUUUAAAUAAGAUGUAAUGAAAAAAAUCCCUUUCCUCUUAACAGGCUAAAAAUAGUGGCAAAAAGAUGAAUGCACCUUUAAGGCUUCCUUGAUAUAUCAAAAGUAUUGUUGUUUUGGAAAGAUGUGAUUUGGAGCUGUAGUCUGCCAACAUGCCAAGCAUAAGCUCUGCCAUGAGACCUGUGGAUGCUGUUGCAUGUGAUCUGGAAACAUGACUAUUGGAAGCCUUAAAUGAACCCUCAGGCCAGAAGGAAACACUCCCUCACAAAAAGAAAACAUACAAAAGCAACGCAGGAAGGAGCCUACCUUUCACGUCACGGCUGUGGUGGCUGAUAGAACACGGGGGCUGUUUAAUGUCCAGUUUUCUCCUUUCACCACAGUUUUCAUCACCGGAGCCCAGCUGCUCUUUGUAUGGGAAGAUUACCUGAAUGUACGUGGUAUUAGGAAAUAUCUCCAUCCCGUACUACAGGCUACCUGUGAGGGGGGGAGCAGUAAUCUUUCUAAUCCUGUUAAUCUUUGAAAUUACUCUUUACCGCACUGUUGUUUUCAUAAAUGUUUACUCUUACUAGAGGCCGUUUCUUAAAGUGAUCUUCGGGCCACCUCUGACAGUGGCCACUAUGCUUUGUGUAAAACAAACAACCAUCAGGUUUGACAUCUUUCUGAGCGCGUAGGGCUGUUAACAACCCGUGUAAAAACACUACUUUAUGUGCAUUAAGUCGUAAGAAAUCUGCCUUGUGCAGCAACUGGAGCUGCCAGCACAUGCCACUGCACUGAAACUGCUAAAUAAAAGGAGUGGGAGGAGAGGGGGAGACAGUGGUGGUAAGUGGACAGCGAUGUACAGUAGCAGUGGGUGACGGUGCUCCCUGAUGCCCUCCCAGCUGGCAGGUAGCACUUUAAGUCUUGCUGUACUCGUGCCAAUGUGCUGAAGCCGGCAAAGAGAGGCUUCUACAGAAGCCCAGGAUAGAGGGAAAAGCUGGUGGCUGAUGUGUACGGGAGCUAGGAAUGAUCAUUUUGACACUGACACAUUCUCAUUGGUGUCUCUAAUACCGUGUGGCUCCUAGGCGAAGCGCCAUCCUCAGCUGGCAGGCGGCCAGGUGCAGGGGAGUGCUCUGUUACACGGGAUUGCGGGGCCCUGGCAGGACAGAUCGGUUCCUUGCUGCCCUCAGCCUGUGCCGGCUCUGGGAAGGUCUCCCCGUGGCACAGGGUGCCAGUGAAGGGCUGGGCGGCCAUGCCAAGCGCCCAGCGGCGCGACUCCAGCUCGCUCCAUUUCACUCCUUUCUGCUGUUUUUUUUCCUUUGUAAUCACUUCUGCUUGGGAAGAAUUUAGGUCUCAGAAAAACAUUCAAAGCCCUUUUUUGUGUGAACAGCAAAACAAAACCUCUCAAAGCCCAGGGAGGAUUUUGGUGGUGAAAGCUCGCUCUGUUCCCAGGGUGCGCUCAUUGGUGGGGGUGGUUUCAGAUACGGGGCUCCCCUCGGCAGGGCUCAGCACCCCAUAAAUACCCCACACACAGCUCUCGCUGCGUGCUUGGCUGCUGGAGGCCCAGGCCCUUCAUCAGGGAGAAAAUGUACAGCCAAGUUGAGCAUCCCGCUGGAGGCUACAAGAAGCUCUUUGAGACCGUGGAGGAGCUGUCCUCUCCAGUGACCGCCCACGUCACAGGCAGGAUUCCCACCUGGCUGCGAGGAAGCCUCCUAAGAUGUGGUCCUGGCUUGUUCGAGGUGGGUGCAGAGCCCUUCUACCACCUCUUCGAUGGCCAGGCGCUCCUCCACAAGUUCGACUUCAAGGAGGGGCACGUUACCUACCACCGAAGGUUUGUCAGGACUGAUGCUUACGUGAGAGCGAUGACCGAAAAAAGGAUCGUGAUAACAGAAUUUGGCACCUAUGCAUACCCAGACCCAUGCAAGAACAUCUUUUCCAGGUUUUUCUCAUACUUCAAAGGUGUGGAGGUCACUGAUAACGCCCUCGUUAAUGUCUACCCUGUUGGUGAAGAUUACUAUGCUUGUACUGAGACCAACUUCAUAACCAAAAUUAACCCAGAUACGUUAGAGACAAUUAAGCAGGUGGAUCUCUGUAAAUACGUGUCCGUCAAUGGGGCAACUGCUCAUCCCCACAUUGAAAACGACGGGACGGUUUACAACAUUGGCAAUUGCUUUGGAAAAAACUUUGCGCUUGCCUAUAACAUCAUACGGAUUCCUCCACUUCAGGCAGACAAGGAAGACCCGAUGAACAAGUCGGAGGUGGUGGUGCAGUUCCCUUGCAGCGACAGGUUUAAGCCCUCUUACGUUCACAGCUUUGGGCUGACUUCAAACUACAUAGUCUUUGUUGAAACACCAGUGAAAAUCAACCUCCUCAAGUUCCUCUCCUCCUGGAGUCUUUGGGGAGCUAACUACAUGGACUGCUUUGAGUCCAACGAAACCAUGGGGGUCUGGCUUCAUGUGGCAGAGAAAAAGAAAGGCAGGCUCCUCAACAUCAAAUACCGCACCUCGGCCUUCAACCUCUUCCAUCACAUUAACACCUAUGAAGAUAACGGAUUUCUGAUCGUUGACCUCUGCACCUGGAAGGGGUUCGAGUUUGUUUACAAUUACCUCUACUUAGCCAACUUGCGAGCAAACUGGGAUGAAGUGAAACGACAGGCAGAGAAAGCCCCGCAGCCUGAAGCCCGCAGAUAUGUGCUGCCCCUGAACAUUGACAAGGCUGACACGGGCAAGAACUUGGUCACCCUGCCCUACACGACAGCUACAGCAACGCUGCGCAGCGAUGAGACCAUCUGGCUGGAGCCAGAAGUUAUUUUCUCAGGGCCGCGCCAUGCCUUUGAAUUUCCACAGAUCAAUUACAAGAAAUACGGUGGGAAACCUUACACGUAUACAUAUGGGCUGGGGCUGAAUCACUUUGUCCCAGACAGGCUUUGCAAGCUGAAUGUUAAAACAAAGGAGACCUGGGUGUGGCAGGAGCCGGAUUCCUACCCAUCGGAGCCAAUCUUCGUUUCCCAUCCAGAUGCCCUGGAGGAAGAUGAUGGGGUUGUGCUGAGCAUCGUGAUCAGCCCGGGCACAGGGCCGAAGCCCGCUUACCUCCUGAUCCUGAGCGCCAAAGACAUGAGUGAGGUGGCCAGGGCUGAAGUGGAGGUGAACAUCCCCGUGACUUUCCACGGACUCUUCAAAAGAGCGUGACCGCUGCUGCCUGCGACACAGCGCGUUAGGUUCCUUCCAGCUCCAAAAAGGUGCAGUCUCCGUUCACAAGCAUUCAAGCUAAACUCCUUCAACAUCACUUCUUAUUUGUAUGGUUACUUAAUUAAGAUCAUGUAUUUCAGUUUUGUUGAUGAUUAUUUAAAAUACUUAACCAGAUAUUUUUCAAAUACACUCUUGGCCCUAAGUCCCACACAUACAGUGCUAAGAACUAUACAGUUAAAACAACACAAGUUUGGGUGGCAGCAGGGAGGUUUUGGGGUUCACAAAGUUAAACUUUGCAGCUGCAGCAGAGGGAAAUACGCAUGAGACAGCACGGUGUAAACUCAAUACUUGUUCACAUGGUACCAUUAUGUAGACCAGCUUCUAUGCACUGUUACGUGCUUUGAGAAAAAGUAAUUUUUAGCUUAUACUGAAGUAUUAGUAUGGAUUUAAAUCUGCUCCUGGUCACUCCCUUAUCUCCUAGAGCAACCUGAGUGGAGCCCUUCCAGAGCUGCUCUGGAAAUCUGAACUGGCAGGCCCACGGCUGCGUGGCAGGCAGCAUUUUGUCCUUUACUAAGGCUGAAUACCGCACACACUAGCUUAUGUGUUUUCCCUUUCCCAUUUCUUUUGUCAAAAUGCAGUUUCUUGGGUUUGGAUUUAAUGUUAAAACAUGAAUAUGAACAGAGCCAAGCAAUUGUUACAGCUUGGGAUGAAUUUGCUUCCUUAGAGUGCUACAGACUCUCAGCUUAAGCCUUCCCUUUCAAAAAAUAAAUUUUAAACUAAUGUACUAAAAGGCUGUGAUUCAAAAUACAAACUUACUGCUUUAUAGACUUAAAAUCCAGGAUUCC